CCAACAAUCGAGGAGGGACGCGCACGUCCUCAGAAUCUAGUGCGGUUACAUGUGCACAACGUAACCAGUUUACAUAACAAGCAAGUAAAACGACGCAGGGCUUAACCUGAUGAACGCAGUGACGGUUCGGCAAGGGGCUGUUAUUACGUAACGUGAGAGUUCAAACAGUCGAGGAAUCACAGUGUGUUGGAUAAUUGCGCAAGUAAUACCUUCUAAAAUCAAUAAAGUAGGCACCACAUGAGGUAACUUAACAUGGAAUAAAAGUUACACAAUGCAGCGGGAGAGUAAUAAUGUAUUAGAACAGGCUGAAAACUUCUUGACGAAGUACCCGGAUUUGAUAACCUCACUUUACAGUUAUCACAAGAAGUCUAAGCUAAAGUCCGAGGGAAGGAUCUUACGUAGGGACACAGAGAGGAUCAGAAGGUAUAGGAAGUUUAGGAAAGAGCCUAAUUCGCGGCUGAAACAAUUCGAAAACGCGUUUUUCCAAGCGAUGGACCAAAAGCCUCUUCUCUUCACUUGCCCCGUGUGUAGAAGCGUCCUCAGGACGCCGGUGACCAUUGAGUGCGGGCAUACCUUUUGUUAUGACUGUUUAAGUUCGCCAGAAAAUCAUUUCCCCAACAGAUGUGCCCUUUGUGCCGCGGAAAUAGUGCUCGAAAAGCGGUGCAUCAAUGUUUUGGUUCAACAUCUGGUCGAAAAAUGGAGGGAACGGAAUAAACACAUUGAUGAUACAGAGAUGGCAGUUCCAAAUACAGUAGAUAUAUUAGGAGUAGAACCUAGAUACCAUCUACGAUCUGGCUAUGCAGGGCUACAAAUCAAAAAUAAAACAGAAAAAAGGAUUUCAAAUUUUUUAGAGGAAUCCUCAGAAAACCUGCCAAGGUACAAACAUGAAAAACGAAAACCAAAAACUACUAACAUAUGCAAUAAUUCCUUUAAAAAUUUUUGGCUAGACGGAAAUGCCGAUAACUACAAAAUCUUUCAAGAAACUUUAGAUAACGUAUUUAAAGAAGUCGAUGAUAUCAAAGAAGAUGCUUUGAAAGCUAGUUGGAGCUGCAUAUCAUCCACCGAUCUAGAAUGCAUCCUCUGCAGCCGAUGUCUCUUGGACCCGGUAACCACUGGUUGUGGGCACACCUUCUGUAGAGGAUGCCUCACGAGGGUACUGGACCAUGGCCUCUCGUGUCCUCUUUGUAUGUCUUCUCUCACCACGGGAGACUACUCUCGAGCAUCGACUGAAGUUUUGCUGCAAGCCAUUCAGUUUCUAGUGCCACAAGAUUACAAUGAAAGAAUGUCCAUAAGUAUUAGGGAAAAUUUGAUCUUGGAGAGGAGCUCAGAUAUUCCUGUAUUUAUUUGUACCAAUGCUUUUCCUGGUGUAGCAUGUCCGUUGUAUGUAUAUGAAGCAAGGUAUCGUUUAAUUGCCCGAAGAUGCUUGCAGUCCAGUACGAAAAGAUUCGCAAUGGCCGGGAAAGAUUCCACUGGAGAUAAGUUCGUGCAAUAUGGUACCAUACUAGAAGUGAAAGAUGCUGUAAACUUGGAAGAUGGCAGGUUCAUUUUAACAACUAUUGGGGUUAGAAGAUUCAAAGUUAUCAGUAGGAAUGAACAGGAUGGUUAUGACACAGCCAAAAUAAAUUAUAUCAAAGACAACGAUGUUCCUGCAGAAAAACUACAAGAAUUGAUGAUGAUCCAUGAAAAAGUAUACAACAAAGCUUCUAAAUGGAUCAAAUCUCUAAAACCGAAGGCUCUGAGAGAGGUCGAAAGGCUGAUUGGAAAAAUGCCAAAGGUAGAAAAGGACUGGUUCACUUUACCAGAUGGACCAGCAUGGGCUUGGUGGUUGAUGCCUAUUCUGCCACUCAGUUCACAAUUACAGGUUGGAUUCUUGAGCACUACCAGCUUGGAAAAACGGUUAAGAGCCAUUGACAAAAUGUUGGAGCACAUGAAGAUCCGCAUGAAAGCUCUGGAGCGAAAUACUGUCGCCUGCUCUCAAGAGGUAGACCCUUCGGACUACUGUGAAAGUGGAAGAUCUUUAGAAAUGCCAUAUACUAAUAAUUAAUUUAUUUUAAUAUUUAUUAAGCGAGUAGAUAAUUGCAGUUUUGCUACUAGGUACAGGGGUUUUAUGGUCUUAAAGAAGUACGUUAUGUUCUAGUCUAUUGGAAUGAACUAUAUCAUAAUAUUAACAGUAAUAGUUUCAAUAUGAAGUUUUAUGGCAAUCAAUCAAAGCUUCUUUCAAAACACUUGUAAAUUUUUACUUCCAUUACAAUCGUGUUAUUUCCCUAUAUAUGUAUCUUUUCUUUGCAAUUUUCCUUCUUCUUCCUAUUUUUCAACAUUUUUCCAAGGCUUUUGCUCCAUUUUCUAUGAAUCGGCUUCAAUUAUCUUUCUUGUACCAGUUCCCAAGUCAACGAAAGAUAAAAAUGAAAAGAAGAAUAAGAAAAAUGAAUGUCGGAAACAAUUCAAGCAAGCUGUUAGCCCAGAUAUAUAAAUAUCAAACGGACGACGCUUAGGAAAAAUAUUCCAUCGAUGCAUCUCAGCUUGCCUAUCCGAAUCGUCAUCAUUUUCGUACUCGUAUAAGUACUGUGGUCAGUACCGUUAGAGAUCAGUCUAACCAUUCUCCGGUGUAAACAUUUGAAUAUUUACAACAACAUCUCGGUGAGUUUUGAUUCAAAUCAGUCUUCUUGCGAAACCUCUUUGAUAACGGGUAAACCCAGAGACACGGUGUCAGAGGAUGGCAAGAGACUCGAUUUGAAUCAAAACGAAACCGUUUAUUUUGUUAGAAUAAGAAAAGUAAAAACCGAACAAAAGAUUCAUGGAAAUAAUUGAUAAUAAAAUAGGGAAAGUAAAUCUUAUGUAUAUAUGGGAUUAGCUAGAGUUUGGUUGUAAUGACAAUUACAUUAUUACCUAAAAAAUACUUGAGGUUUCAAUUUCCACAAAAUCGUUUUCAAAUGAUUAUAAGAGAUUUUCGUUGAACAAAGGUGUGUAUAACCCAAUGAACUGUCAACACCGAUGGAAUGGGCAAGAAGUGAAUUUAAUGACGCCAUGAUGAGAUAGCGCUAGUCAGGGAAGGAGGGAAGAUAAUGGCCAUCUUUCGUAAACAAAAAAUUUAUAGUGGUAGUCAGCGUUGCCAGCUUGGGGUAUUUUUCCAUAAUUUUGGAGUAAUUUGAAAGCGUCUAGAGGAAUUUUUCUAAGCAGAAAUGGUUGGGGAAGGACAAUUAUGAGAUAUUUUAAGGGGUCAUGGUAAAUUAAAUUUGCGUACAUACGUAGAACUGUAUAGUUUGUUAUACUCUCAUAUAACCGAAGACGAUAGGACCUAUGAAUUAUUUCCAGGGCCUUCUGUUGAUAAGUAGUAUAAUUUUGGUUUACUGUUCUCUACAUUUGACUACUAAUUUAUUAAAAUGCGGCAAAAAUUUAAAUUUAAGGGGUUUGAGCUUCAAUUUGAGGGAAUUUCAGUUUCUAAGUGGGGGAUUUAUAAAAUCACAUCUGGCAACUCUGGUCAUUAUGAUAAUAUCCAACCAAUGAAGAAGUCAAAUUUUCCCUGACAAGCUCUUUCUCUCUCUCGGACCUCUCACUUGUAUGUUGGCCGCAAUCUCGCUUCACUGUUUGAAUGGGAUGGGGCCAUUCCAUCCGUGUUGACAGUUCGAUGGUAUAACCGCCAAUUGUUAUUGUUGAGGUUAUGUUAUAUCACAGUCAACACACAUGGAGGUUUAAAUAUAGUACUUGCCUGUGAUGGUUGUAGGUAACAGUCAGCUUUAGCUGGAAAUAUAUGAGAGUGGAUGUUUUCAUGCCCUAUGAUACAUCAAUAUGUGCAAUAUUUCUCUGUGUUAUGUGAUUCUUUGUUUGGGAGUGUUCAUAAUCGUAGUAAUGGGUUUUUUUGCGGUCUUCUUCUUCAGGUGCCGUCCUCGUUCCGAAGUUUGGCUAUCAUCAAGGCUAUGCGUAUUUUUGAUACCGUAGAUCUAAAUAAUUGGCAGCUGCUGCACUUGUUUUUUGCGGUAAAGAGUUGUAAAUUGUGUUUUUAUGUAUUGUGUGUUGCAUAUGUAUAGUAUAUGAUAGAGACAUAUGUUUCACAUUAUCCUAUAUUCUAUUGCUGGUGUGUUCUUUUGAUUCUACUCUUCUUUAAGUAAACUGUGGCUAAUCGUAUAUAUACAUAAUAUUUAACUUAAACAUGCCACAAGACAAAAGUUUUGGAAAGUAAAAUCUAAAUAAACAAAUGAAAAUAUUUUAAAGAGUAUUAUUUCUGUACACCAUAUAUAUGUACACAUUCUUGAUUCUAAGACCUUUUGUAAUUUUCUGUUACCUACCAAGGGCUGUAGGUAUCUCUAAUUGUACAGUACUCAGUAUUCAUUCUACUGCUUUUGGAAAUAAUUGUGAACUUUCAAAAAUGUAUAGGAUAUAAAGUUAGUAGAUAUAUGUGAAUGAUUGCAGACCAACCUGGAGUGAUAAAAAUGUAUAAUUAUGUUCCAUUAUAAACUAAGAAACUUUAUCGGAUAUAAUACAGAAUAUACCUAAAAAAAUUGUACAUUUAUAAAAAUUCGAUGUUUUCAUUCCUAAAUAUUUUGUUAGUAUAGACUAUAUGUUAUAGAUACGUGUAUGAUACAGAUAAUAUUUAAGACGAUGUACCCAUCGAUGUUACUUUUUAAGAAUUGUUCCUUCUUGCGCAGGCGCACGACAGUAGCAAAUCAUUAUUAAUCUAUUAAGUUCGACAUCUAACAUCUCAAGUAUCUGGUAUGUCAAACGCGCCAUCUAAGCUCAAGAAAUGUACUUCUUUAAGACGUCAUUUGUCAGGAUAUGUUUCUUGCAUAAAAUAGUAUUGUUGUUACCUGUACCGUAUCGAAACUUGUUUGCUCGCUGUAAUAACUAUAAUAUUUAUAUCAUAUUUAUUAAAAAAAACAAUACACUAGGCGUAUCUAUAUAUAAAAUAAUUAUUGCAACCUUUUCGAACUUCCGAACUUUCCUGUUUCUAAAAAAUUCACCACUAAAGUUCGUGUUAUCGAUUUUCCUAACUGAAAUAAUAAAAUAAAACACUGUUCUAGCUUUGAAUUCAAUUGUAUAUUUGAAGAAUACGCCAAUUAAACGAAGAUAUUUAAAUAUCCUCCGUCCACUGCUGGACAUAGGUCUCUCCCAUUUUUCACCACUCUUUACGGUUCUGUGGCGUUUUGUUGCCAGUUCGUGGACAUUCGUUUAAUGUCGUCCAUCCAGCGUGUUGGUGGUUGUCCUCUGCUGCGUUUGUCUUCUCUUUUCUGGUCCAUCUUGAGUCUUUUACGGCCAGUUGUUCGAACGCUAAUCAAAAAUGGAAUCCACUGAUCAUUAUCAAAUAUUUAAUUACAAUUAUAUUUGAUUACGCGUACUUCUGACAGAUGUCACGUUUUGAGGUUAUGUUGACAUUGUUGACUGAUUUAUUUUAUUAUUUUGGUUUUAAUCUAAAAUAAACCAUAAUUAAACUUUUUCUGAUGUUAAUUUCCUGUUUUUACUUAGAAAUCAAUAAUAAUAAUAAGCAAUUUUUAAUAAUUUAACAGCUGCGGCUAUAUUUUAAUUACUGCUUUACCUACAAUCAAUGAAUGAUUAGUAUUUUACAUGUAUUUUUGAUGUCGCGAUUUGAUUCACAUCAAGAACAUUGAUUACAAUAAACUAUUUGAUUAUAAUCAACUUCUUGAUUAGCGUUCGGACAACCGGGCCUUAGUCUCGCUACGUGUCCUGUCCAAUUAUAUUUCAGCUUGGCUAUGCGUUCAACGACAUCAGUGAUUCCCGUUCUUUUCCUCAGGUCUUGGUUCCUUAUUUUGUCUUUUUUGUCACGCCAGAAUCAAUCUUUCCAUGCGCCUUUGUGCUACUCGCAUUUUUAGUGCUGCUGUUUUUGUGAGCGUAAGAGUUUCUGUUCCGUAUGUCAUAAUAGAAAAAACGCAUUGGUCAAAUGUCUUCUGUUUCAUAGCUAUCGGGAUGUUGGUCUUAAAAAUGUUUCUUAGUGAAACAUACGCUGCAAAAGCAAGUGUUAUUCGUCAUUGAAAUUCACAGGACUGAUUAUCCUUGCUUAUUCUGAUUUCAUGACCGAGAUAUAUGUACUUUUCUGUCAUUUCGACCACUUGAUUUUUGAUAGUCCAAGAGGCAGCGCUGAAAAAUUUCUCUAAAUUUACUAAAGCUAGUUAUUUCACAGUUGAUUACUGUGAUUGUGUAGAGAAACAUACUGCGGUCAGUCAAGCCAAACGUAGAACAGGUGGUACUGACAGCUUGUCAAAGUUGCUUACCUGCGGAGGUAAUUAAAU